CGGCUGUCAUGUCAAUGUCAGUUUCACGUUUCACUUGUGCGGCUACACGAUUUGAAAGUAAUUUUAUAUGUUGAACCACAUUUAUCGCACGUAAAUCAAAGAAUAUUGUGGUUGAUGUGUUAAAUUCCGAAUACAAAGUGUACCCUAGCAUAUAAUUACGUCGUGCGACCUAGUUAUGUAUAAAUAGGUUAGGUUUUAAUAUUGGUUUUCCGUAAUGUCUUUUCCGAGUGAUAAUUUAAUGGGAAACUACGAACCGGUGCGUGGACGUGGUGACCAGAGCCCCACAGUACGCCAGGCUUACGACGAAGGUGGCCUCAAAGCCGGUGCGACCCGCGUGGCUCGCAUCGCCUACGGGGUCCUUUCUCGCCGUAAAGUCGCAGAAGAAGGAGCCGCACGCCUAGCCCGAGUGCUCUCAGCGCUCGACUUGACUGCGCUAGGCGUAGGCAGCACGCUAGGCGUAGGAGUUUACGUGCUGGCUGGUGACGUCGCCAAGAAUUAUGCUGGCCCGGCUGUGAUAUUGUCUUUUUUGCUAGCUGCUGUGGCUAGUGUUUUUGCAGGCUUAUGUUACGCGGAGUUCGGCGCUCGCGUGCCAAAAGCGGGCUCGGCGUAUGUCUACAGUUAUGUAUGCGUCGGCGAAUUUAUUGCUUUCAUUAUCGGAUGGAAUCUUAUAUUGGAGUACAUUAUUGGUGCCGCUUCCGUAGUAAAGGCUCUAAGCGAGUACCUAGACUCACUCCUGGGCAAGGCGAUAUCUACGAGCUUGGAGGCCGCCAUGCCUCUAGACACGCCGCACCUCGCGCGGUACCCUGACCUGUUCGCCUUCUCCGUCAUCAUGGCGUUCUCUGUGGCCCUUGCGUUCGGAGUGAAGGAGUCGACUAAGUUCAACAACUUCUGCACGGGAGUCAACCUGUGUGUCGUGUUGUUCGUCAUCAUAUCAGGAUCUUUUAAAGCCGACACAAAGAACUGGCGCAUCCCUGCUGAAGAAGUCCCGAAGUCUGAGCACAAAGACUUCGGCACCGGCGGCUUCGCGCCCUACGGCCUCGCUGGCAUCAUCAAGGGGGCUGCUGUCUGCUUCUAUGGCUUUAUUGGUUUCGACUGCGUAGCGACAGCAGGCGAGGAAGCCCGUCGGCCACAGAAGACGAUCCCCUUCGCGGUGGUGGCUUCACUGCUCGUGGUGUUCCUCGCGUAUUGCGGGGUGUCUUCAGUGUUGACGCUCAUGUUGCCUUAUUAUAUGCAGGACGAGAAGGCUCCGUUCCCCUACGUGUACGACCAGCUGGGCUGGCCGUGGGCCAAGUACGCCGUCAGCGUCGGCGCCAUCUGCGCUCUCUGCUCCAGUCUCCUAGGCGCCGUGUUCCCGCUGCCGCGUAUAAUCUACGCGAUGUCGUCGGACGGGCUGCUGUUCCGCUUCAUGGGGCAGGUCAGCGAGAGGUUCCAGACGCCGCUCAUCGGCACCAUGAUCGCUGGACUCUUCACUGGUACAUUGGCUAUGAUCUUUCGACUGGAGCAGUUGAUCCACAUGAUGUCUAUAGGCACGUUGCUAGCCUACUCUAUGGUCGCCUCCUGUGUACUGCUGCUUAGAUACGAGUACAGCCAGCCGCACCGCAAUCAAGAACCUCUGAAGUUCACGUACCGCGAAGCUCUGCGGCAACUCGUCAACGCGGACAAACACGCGCUACCCACCAAACUCAGCUCCGUGACUGUGUCUGUGCUCGUCACUUUGUACGGAGUAUGGUGCUUCGUAAUGAUGUCGAGCAUCAACCAGUACGGUGAUGCGAUACUGGAAGGUCACGUUGGUCCCACAGCCAUGUUAGCAGUGGGCUCCACGCUGGUGGUAGCUACGUUAGUAGCUAUAUCUAGACAACCUGUGUCUGAUAAGAAGCUGGCUUUCUCUGUACCCUUAGUACCGUGGUUACCAGGUAUCAGCAUCCUCAUCAACGUGUAUCUGAUGCUGAACCUCGACUACAUGACCUGGCUCCGGUUCGCGGUAUGGAUCGCUGCUGGUCUCCUAAUCUACGCGACAUACGGCGCCUGGCACAGUUCGGAACGCAAGCGCAAAAUCGACAGCGGCGUCCAACUGGCUGACCUACACAAUGACAGCCAGACCGCCUUGCUGAACAACGGCCUGACUCACGCCCUCGGCUGACAAUCAGCCAAGCAGGAACCAGAGGAAAGAGUGGUCAGUCCUACGAGUACUGUAGUGUCUUUUAUUUCUAGUAUUUAGUUUAUGUUUAUGACCCAGUAUUUAUGCAGAUUUUUUAAUGUGUAGGUUAGCUAACUCAAACUCGAACUCUACUUAUAAUGAGAUUCAACCAAUCAAUUGUUUCCAUAUAUGUGUAUGACUGGAUCUGCAGACUUUCUUAUACUCUAAUAAAACAGUUGUAAGAGGGAUGUUUAUAAGUGUUAUAACACAAAGAGAUAAAAAAGGAAUUAUAAUGAGGUUGGUUUUCAGCGAGCAGAAGUCUAAUACACCUCGACCUACUAUAGGAGGACUUUUUCCUUUCUCACACUAAAGCCCUGAUAUUUGAAGCAAUAUGAUUAGUUGAAUCCAAUGCUAAGUACUUUGACUGUCAGAUUUUGUAAAACGGACCUAAGAUCUAAGCUAAACAAUUAAGCGAAUAGGUACUUAAGUGUUAUUACUUUAAGGACUAUUUUGUAAGACACCUCUAUAAGCAGCGUUUUAUAGCCAUUUUAGCAUAUUGUGUGUUGUGUACUAAAGUCGCAUUUAUUGUAAUAAUACAAGACCAAAUAAAUAACCUUGCAUUGUAUCUUACUCGCAUAUUAAUAGAUUAUAUAUUGACCCUAGAUUAUAUUAAUGUAUUUAAAUGAAAAAAAUGUGUUAUAAAAUCAGUGCAAAAUAUUUUUAAAUUUUAAAAUCGAAUCGUGAGUGAAUAAAUGUUAUAUAUAUGUAUUUAUUGCUUAUUUAUAAUAGUGGUUAUUGUAAACUAAGUAAGUAUUAACUUUAGCUUUAUAAGUGAUCUGACAUACAGCCUAUUUCUGAAUUGAGGACAAGUACCUGCGAAAUAUAUGAUUCAAAUACAUAUUUGAAAAUUCUUAAUAAUUCUUAAGCGCAGCGAGAAUCCUCAGUUAAGAAAUUGGCAUGUACUGUAUAAAAUCAUUAGAUUUUAAGUAUUCAUUAUAAACUGGUCUUAUAACCGAUCAUUGCUUGAUUUUAAAUCGUGCCUAAGUGUUUUUAUGUAGGUAUUAAAAUUGCUUUGCUUUUAAAUUAGGCUAAGUGCAAGUACAUUUAGGAUCUAGGCACGUGCCUACUCAAUUUAAAAAAAAAUAUGGAAUUCAAAGUUUCCUACUUUAUACUUAAGCAUUUUUCUAAAAAUAAUAUUGUUUUUUUUUCUAGUAUAUUUAGAAUCUCGAUGUUAAGGUUCCUACGACGUAUUGCGCCAAAGUAUUUUAUUUUUGUUGCUAGCGUAUUUAAUUUAGUACUUAGUACUGUAGCUGUGUUACUUAAUUAUUUUUAUUUGCUAUCUUUAAUCUUUAUUUUUACUUUUUUUCUAUUAUUUAAGGCUUUUUGUCGAUAACAUUUUUUUGUGAUUAUAUUCUGUGGUUAAUUCAAAUAUUAUUCAAGGUCAAGGUCAUCUGGAUAUGAAUUGAUAGUUUUUGUAAAAUUUCGGAGAUAGUAUUAGUUACAUACAUUGGCUGUGAAACAGCGUGUUGGAAAAUGUUUAGGUAAAAAUGAAUAAAUUAAGUACAUAGUUCAAAUA